AUGCUUGAUAACCAGGCUUGCUCGUCGGAUUCGGAAUUCGCUAGUUCAUCCAGCGAAUCACUGGACUCAUCGCGCUCAUCGUCAUCACCAAUCUAUGCCAAACCUUAUCAGUGCGAUCAAGAUUCUUAUCACAACCAUCAGUAUCGUCAUCGUCAUCGUCGCAACAGGAGAAGCUGCAAAGAGAACUCGGAUGUUGUGACCGAGUAUCCGAACACGGCAUCCAGCUUUACCUACAUCCCAUGUGCUAGCUAUCGGCCUGCUGCACCUGAAUUCCAUGCACCACCACCACCACCAACCCUCAGUCGAUUUUCGGUGAUGCUUGAUAACCAGGCUUGCUCGUCGGAUUCGGAAUUCGCUAGUUCAUCUAGCGAAUCAUUGGACUCAUCGCGCUCAUCGUCAUCACCAAUCUAUGCCAAACCUUAUCAGUGCGAUCAAGAUUCAUAUCACAACCAUCAGUAUCGUCAUCGUCAUCGUCGCAACAGGCGAAACUGCAAAGAGAACUCGGACGUUGUGACCGAGUAUCCGAACACGGCAUCCAGCUUUACCUAUAUCCCAUGUGCUAGCUAUCGACCUGCUGCACCUGAAUUCCAUGCACCACCACCACCAUCAUUAGUGGACGAAGCUCGAGAGCGUCGCGAUGCCCGUGCACGUAACGCACAACUGUACUUGGAGCUCGCCGAACUGAGGCGCAUGAAAUGGGUGCUGCACAAUCAUUUUGAGUUGGUACUCUAA